CCGCUGUGAACCUGGGCAGCGCGAGGGAGAGGCGCGAGAGGGCGUCGGGUGCAGGCCGGAGGUUACCACAGGACACUGGCGCCUGCCUCCGCCGCGGCUGCUCGUCUCCUGCGCACUCGGACAGAAACAAACCCCGGAGAUUCCUGUCGGAUUCGUUCGUUCUCGGGCGACUUCCGUCCACCAGCGGGACUCGCUCAGGCAACUUGGGACGGUGAGCGCUGCCGCGCCGCGGUGGCGGGGAGGGAGGCGAGCCUCGCUGGACUCUGUGAGCCCCGGAGCGGAGCCUGGAGCGCCGGACUUUCCCCGCAGCAACACUCGCGCGCGGGUCCGCCAUUGAACCCACCGACUUGCGGGGACAUUUGACCGAGUUGACUUGGAUUUUUCGACUUGACGCGGGCAAGCUAAAGCUAAUGCGGCGCGGAACUGGAAACCAUUGAAAUCAGGGACUUGCUGCUCGCUGCGAAAGUUGUUGCUUUCCGAAGUGGUGACUUGUGGCGCUGCAUCGCGGUUGACUGGCGGGUGGAAGGCGACUCCGCGGAGCUCCAGCACCGCCGGGCAGAGGGGUCAGCGGGACCGGUCAGCUCGUCCUCUCCUCCCCCACCACACCACCCGUCAGGUCUGACAUGAAGAUGUGAACUCCUGCCCCCCCCCCUCCUCCUCCUCCUCCUCCUCCUCUUCCUCCUUUUCUCCUCGCCGUCCCUUUCGGAUUGACAUUAAAAGCGUUCUGGGGGAGAUUCCCAGAAGAUGUACGAGAGCGUGGAUGUGGUGGGUUUGAGCCCGAGCCCCAGCAGCCCGAGCCCCGGCUCCUUCCUGAGCAUGGACUACUACCACCGAUCCCCGGGGCUCCUGUCCGAGAAGGGUCUGCUGCCCGGCCUGGGGCCGCUCCAGCGGCCGUUCGGAGGCUCCCUGCUGACGGGGAGACACUGGAGCGGAUCCAGCCAUUCUAUAGAGACAGAGAGCACGAGUUCGGGAGAAGACUUGCUGGUCCAGAGUCCCCCGUCACCUCCGCCCCCGCCACGAGUCUACAAGCCCUGUUUCGUGUGUCAGGACAAGUCGUCGGGAUACCACUAUGGAGUCAGCGCGUGCGAAGGCUGCAAGGGCUUCUUCCGGAGGAGCAUCCAGAAGAACAUGGUCUACACGUGCCACCGGGACAAAGUCUGCGUCAUCAACAAGGUGACGAGGAACCGCUGCCAGAGCUGCCGCCUGCAGAAGUGUCUGGACGUCGGCAUGUCCAAGGAGUUGGUACGGAACGACCGGACGAAGAAGAAGAAGGAUGAGAAGCGAGCGGUGGAGCCGGAGGUGUACGUGCUGUCGGCCGACACGGAGCAGAUGAUCGAGCGAGUGCGUCGAGCUCACCAGGAGACGUUUCCGUCCCUGUGCCAGCUGGGGAAAUACACCACCAGCAACAGCGCCGAGCGCCGCGUGGCCCUGGACGUGAGUCUGUGGGACAAGUUCAGCGAGCUGUCCACCAAGUGCAUCAUCAAGACGGUGGAGUUUGCCAAGCAGCUGCCCGGCUUCACCACGCUGACCAUCGCCGACCAGAUCACGCUGCUGAAGGCCGCGUGCCUCGACAUCCUGAUCCUGCGGAUCUGCACGCGCUACACUCCGGACCAGGACACCAUGACCUUCUCGGACGGCCUCACUCUGAACCGGACCCAGAUGCACAACGCCGGCUUCGGCCCACUCACCGACCUGGUGUUCUCCUUCGCCAACCAGCUGCUGCCGCUGGAGAUGGACGACGCGGAGACGGGGCUGCUGAGCGCCAUCUGUCUGCUGUGCGGAGACCGUCAGGACCUGGAGGAGGCCAGCAAGGUGGAUGACCUCCAGGAACCCAUGCUGGAGGCCUUGAAGCUCUACGUUCGGAGGAGGAGGCCUGACAAACCCUGCAUGUUCCCCAAAAUACUGAUGAAGAUCACGGACCUCAGGAGCAUCAGUGUGAAGGGGGCAGAGCGAGUCAUCACGUUGAAGAUGGAGAUCCCCGGCUCGAUGCCGCCGCUCAUCCAGGAGAUGCUGGAGAACUCCGAGGGACUGGAGGGUUCCAGCGGCGCCAAAGCACGGGAGAGAGGCGGGAGAGGAGCGGAGGACGGCGUGUCGGCGGGAAGCUCGCCGCCCUCGCCCGGCCUUAGCCCCGCCUCCCUCUCCCCCUGAGCGUCAGACAGAAGCAGGUUUUAGCUUUACGACUAUUUAAAACACUGUGGACGCCGACUGAAGGAAUUCCAUGAAGUUAAUAUGCAAAACCACACUGUAAUAUUUGUACAUAGAAAGAGACUGUGAGUGUUUUCAUCCGGUGGUCCAGCCAGAAGCUAUUUUCCUAAGUGUACAUGUGUAAAUAAUGUGUCUCCUGGAAGCAGCUCGCUGUAAAUAUCCCAGCCACUUCUCCUCACGUCAGGGACGGAACUGGUGAUCACGGAAACAGAUGUUUUGAUAGCUAGAUGUCUUUGUAUCACUGUAAUAAACACCUGAGAUUCUGCAGCAUGUGGCCGACGUCUUUCUGUCAGACCUGUCCGUGCCUCACGCUCUUCAAAUACCAAGCACCAGCGACUCGUUUUUCAUUCCGUAACACACAAUUUUCCAUGUUAUGAUCUCUGCCAAGUCUGAGGAACGCUGCCUUCUGCUGGUGUAUCGUGGUAUGACAACACGAGGAGUUCUAAUACGGAAGUCUGUCAGAAAAACCACGACACAUGUUUCAUGUUAUGAUGGAUGAUGAUGAUGUCCAACACACAAUAUGACACUGACUGAAACAAUUGCACAAGACUGGAGAACACAGAGACAAGACAAGUCUGUCCUUAUUUGUCCUGGUGCUGUCAGCAGCACGGGUCAGAACCAGGACAAGCUCUUGGUCAAACACAGAAGUCAACAGUGGCAGACUUUCGGCAAACACAAACAGAGACGCGUCUCACCUCCACCCGACACACGUCUGCUUCACUUCUCCUGCCUCUUUCCCUCCAGUGUUGCCACAUUCAUCCUCCACCUUCACUGUCUUCAUCCUCCGUCAGUCACACCUUCAGCUCCAGUUCAUUGUGAACCUCGGUGGUUGUCCUGCUCUCCUUCUCCAACACUGUCUGACUAAGGAGUCUCACCAACUGUCAAGCUUGACUCUGAUGUCACAGCCACAUCACCUGCACUCUCUUCUUCACCUCCUCACAUACUUGGUCUGUGUUCAUCCCCUCUCUUUGGUCGCGCAGGUCUUCUGGGAUGCAGGACCCAGGUGGGCGUGGCUCAUUUCUCUAUGUGUGUUGUCUAUAUGUUUAUUCUCAGCUUAACGAAAUCCAGUUU